AUGGAGAGCCAAAAGGACGACAAGGAUUUGGCGGUAUUGGAUGUCACCGACUCCGUCAAACACACUCCCCUCGGCGUCGACACCAUUCGAAUCGAUCCUCAGUUAGAGAAAGCCGCUCUGAAGAAGUUCGACAAGUUCCUUCUCCCUGUCGCCUUCUUAUUCAUGCUCCUUUCAUCUCUUGACCGGUCGAAUAUUGGAAAUGCGAGAGUCUUCGGGUUCGAUGAAGAUGUUGGCCUGCAUGGUCGCCAGUUCGGCGACAUCAACACCUUGUUCUUCGUAACAUUCAUCGUCUUCGAGACGCCCUGGGUCAUGGCCGUCAAGCGUUGGGGCCCCAACAAAGUUCUCGGCAUCGCGUUGGUCUCGUGGUCAGUUGUGACGCUGUGUACGGGCUUCAUCCACAGCUACGCCGCAGCCAUCGUGACACGCAUGCUCCUGGGCGCCUGCGAAGCGGGCGUUAGUCCCAGCUUCGCGUUCAUCUUCGCCACCAUCUACGACCGUUCGUCCACGGCGAAGCGUAUUGCGAUGGGAAACAUCUGCAAUACAGUCGCUGGAGCCUUUGGAGGCUUGUUCGCCUACGGGAUCCAGAUGAUGGGUAGUCAACGUGGCAUUGCAGCUUGGAGAUGGCUCUUCAUCAUCGAAGGCUCCGUGACUUUGGUUGUCGGCGGCAUCGGUUGGAUGUUUCUGCCUUCGUCGCCCGAAACGGCUUGGUAUUUGACUAUAGAGGAGAAAGAAGUGAUGGUUCUUAGAAAGCAGAAGAACAUGGCUUUCCGAGGCGAGGACGGCUUCGACAAGAAAUGGAUCAAGCUCGCGUUUACAGAUCCUUUCAUCUAUAUUGCGGGUGCCGCCUUCUUCACCUCGUCGGUGGCUAUUACGGGCUUCAGCAUCUUUCUGCCCACCAUCAUUAAGGGUCUUGGCUAUGCAUCUCUCAAGGUCAACUACAUGACGAUCCCCGUGUACGUCGCUGGAGCACUCUCCCUUCUGGUUCAGGCGUACUUCUCGGACAAGCUCCACAUGAGAGCGCCGUUCCUCGUUGGCUCGGCGAUUCCAGUGGCCGUGGGCUAUUUGAUUUGCGUGGGAACCUCGAAUCCCGCAGCUGGCUACUUUGGCAUGUUCCUUUUGGCGGCAGGAUGCUAUACCAUCUCGACUAUCGUGGUCACCUGGGUCGCGACCAACCUGAUGCCAGACUCCAAACGAAGUGUCGCAUUGCCCGUGUUUUACUCCAUUGGUAACAUGUCUGGGUUGGUUUCUUCGCAGUUGUACCCAUCGUACCACGCGCCGCGUUACGUCAUGGGUAAUGCUCUGUCGGCUGGUCUGGAACUUGUGUUCGUUGGGUUUGUGGCGGCGGCGUGGCUGUUGUUGAGGAAGAGAAACGCAGAGAAGGAGAAGCUCACGGCAGAAGGAGCAACUACCAACGGUUUGGAGGGAGAUAUGGCCUUGGGUUUUGAAUACUGUCUUUAG